GCCACCCGGCCAUAAAACCAGUCCAUAUGGCCAGGGGCGGCCCCACACCCGGGUGCGAACAGCCCCGCGCCCCGAGCCUCGCGUGCAGGCACUUGGUCCUGAAGUCUCCGCCAAUCUUUCUGCAGAGAGUCGUGCUGUUGGUUUGAGAUCCAGACGAGCAGAGACCCGGUCCGCGCCAGGGUCCGGAGGAGCAAUGGUCACCCGGGAUCGAGCUGAGAAUAGGGACGGGCCCAAGAUGCUCAAGCCGCUUGUGGAGAAGCGGCGCCGGGACCGCAUCAACCGCAGCCUGGAAGAGCUGAGGCUGCUGCUGCUGGAGCGGACCCGGGACCAGAACCUCCGGAACCCGAAGCUGGAGAAAGCGGAGAUACUGGAGUUCGCCGUGGGCUACUUGAGGGAGCGAAGCCGGGUGGAGCCCCCGGGGGUUCCCCGGUCCCCAACUCAGGACGCCGAGGCGCUCGCCAGCUGCUACUUGUCCGGCUUCCGCGAGUGCCUGCUCCGCUUGGCGGCCUUCGCGCACGAUGCCAGCCCGGCCGCCCGCGCCCAGCUCUUCUCCGCGCUGCACGGCUACCUGCGCCCCAAACCGCCCCGGCCCGAGCCAGUAGAUCCCAGGCCAACAGCGCCGCGCCCACCGCAGGACCCCGCCGCACCAGCCCUUGGCCCCGCGCUGCACCAGCGCCCCCCAGUGCACCAGGGCCCCCCUAGUCCGCGCUGUGCCUGGUCCCCAUCCCUCAGCUCCCCGCGCGCCUGGGAUUCCGGCGCGUCGGCGCCCCUCACCGGACUACUGCCGCCGCCACCGCCGCCUUACAAACAAGACGGGGCGCCUAAGGCCCCGCCACUCCCGCCGCCCGCUUUCUGGAGACCUUGGCCCUGA